ACCUAUCCUUUGAACUUGAUUGCAGACUUCCUAUCAAAUGAUAAAAAAUAGCCUUCGCUCUUCACUUUAUGGAAUUACAUGGUGUGUUAGAUAGUGCGAGAAGAGAACCUCGAUGGAAAUCUUCGCUUUAUAUUCCACAUGGAAUUCAAUAGAUCGGGUUACUUCCUCGACAAAUUUUUUCUUGAUGCUGUGUUUCCGCGAUUUGAUAUGAUUCGGUGGAGACGGCUUUAAAAGACAUCUUCCUUCCAUCCUAACACAGAAAACAGGCCAAGUCAGAUGAAGACGUCCAAAUCCACUUUGCAGUGAAUAAAUAAUUCCACAUUUUAACCCGGGUUUUCAAAAAGCUUUUCGUAAGACGAAAUUUUUUCAUCGUGUAUCCGCAGACUGUCUUUAAUAGGACACAGUUUGGUUGAACACAGUGGUUUCGGUUCAAAACAAGAUGAGGAUUGGGGAUCCUACACGGAAUUAUUUCUCUAAGGUCCGCUGUCGCUACAUACUGCUCACCAUAGUUCUCGUAAUUGUGGUGGCACUCUAUGUCACAAUGAACUUAAAAAACUAUGGUCUUUACACUGGAAAUCAUCCUUUCUUCGCAGCUCAACCGUGUCAAUACCUCAACUCGAAAGAGAAAGGACAACUUUUGAAGAUGGCGCAUACAGUGCAUAAGAUUCUUGAUGGCUUUGGUAUAGAACAUUGGCUCGUUUACGGAUCUGUUUUUGGCGCUGUUCGGGCGCACGGCCCUUUGCCGUGGGACAAUGACGUAGAUAUUGGUUUUAACGGCUCAGGGACAUUCGCCACAAUGGAUUUUAACAAGUUUUUAGCCGCUUUUAAAGACAAUGGACUGAAAGUUUAUUACAGAAGGUGGAUCACAAGCAACGUGAUGAAAGUUUACAAGGAUGAUCAACCUCAUAUCAAAGUAGACCUGUUUGCCUUUUACAAUUAUCGUGGUUGGAUGAAGCGCGCCGGGCUAGAAACGUGGAUCUUUGCAUUGAAUUAUAAUUUACACGAUACGUAUCCGGCGAGACUAGUAGAAAAGCCUCUACCUAUGGUCCGAUUUGGUUACUUUAAAUUACCGGCUCCAAGGGAAGGCCUUACAAUUCAACAAUACCUUUACCCCGACGACUGGUGGAAAGAAGUGAAACCUGUCACCUAUCUAUCUUUAAGACGUUAUUAGUGGAGGGGGACUCUAUAGCUGGGAAAAUCACAAGCUCAGCAGAAGCAGCAUCACAGCCUUUACGUUCUUGUCUGUCCUGAAAAGCUAAAGGAAUUGAUGAUGAUACACAACAUGUGUCCAAAACCCUUAUUUCGUGCCAAGCACAUCAUCGCACUCACUCUGGUUAUAUCAGUCCCGGUAACACUUUAUGUCUCUCUUAGCAUGAGAGGGUAUGCGAGUUACACUGGAAGAAAUCCUUUACAACCUGCACAAUGUCAGUACUUCAGCAAAACACAAGGAGAAAAGUUCUUAAAUCUGACUUACAAAGUUCACAAGAUUCUCGAACAGCUUGGCAUAGAUCACUGGCUAAUGUACGGAUCAGUGUUUGGGGCAAUCCGCGUUCAGGGUCCUUUGCCAUGGGAUUAUGAUGUUGACAUUGGUCUCAAUGGUUCAGAAUGGAUAGCUUCGAUGAAUUUGGACCAGUUUGUGUCAGCUUUUGAGUCACAAGGACUGAAAGUGAAUCAGAAAUCGUGGACCAGUCUACGUUUGCUUAAAAUUACCACCGACGAUCUGCCUCUCUACAAGGUCGAGUUGUUUGUUUUUAAUAACCAUCGUGGAUGGAUGAAAAGAGCUGGUUGGGAGUCAUGGCUAUUUUGGCUGCAUUAUAGAUUUUACCAUACAUUUCCUACCCGAUUAAUAAUAAAACCGCUACCACGAGUUCCAUUUGGUUUCUUCAAAAUGCCGGUACCCAGGGGAGGGAUUGAGAUUCAACGAUACCUUUACCCAGACGAUUGGUGGAAAGAGUUCAAACCUGUCGCCUGUGUUUAACGUAUUCUACCAAGCUUUAGGAUUCCAUCUUUUAACCUUGAAAGUUCUCCCGUAUGCUACACUGAGAGAGUCUAUUGUUAUUAAUUUCAUUAAAGAUUGAAAUUGUUCAUUUGUUUCCGCUACGAGCGUGUUGUCCUUCUCUUGUUACUGGAGCGGCGCUUUAGCGGGUGGGAGCGGCACUCAAAAGAG